AAAUGUAGCAAGUGGAUGGACAAUACUGAGCGUCUCUAUACAGUGGUAUUUGAAGAGAUCUGUGGGCGUUUUGGAAAGAAGUAUACCUGGGACGUGAAAUCAUUGGUCAUGGGUAAAAAAGCACUAGAAGGGGCACAGAUUAUUCGAGAUGUUCUAGAUCUGCCAAUAACCAAAGAAGAGUUAUUACAUGAAAGUAAAAUGAAGCAGGAGAAGUUAUUCCCUACUGCUGAAUUGAUGCCAGGGGUUGAUAAGCUGAUCCGGCAUUUACACAAGCACAACAUACCCAUAGCUGUUGCCACUAGCUCAGCUGAAGUGACAUUCCAGAUGAAAACAACCAGACACAAAGACUUCUUUGGUCUUUUUCAUCAUAUUGUGCUGGGAGAUGACCCUGAGGUGAAGAGUGGCAAACCACAGCCUGAUGGAUUUCUAGUUUGUGCAAAGAGAUUUCACCCUCCUGCAGCUCCAGAGAAGUGUCUUGUGUUUGAAGAUUCACCACUAGGAGUCAAAGGAGCACUGGCAGCAGGAAUGCAAGUGGUUAUGAUUCCAGAUGAAAAUUUAAAUCCAGAUCUUAAAAAGGAGUCAACUCUACUGCUGAACUCCAUGGAGGACUUCAAACCAGAACUCUUUGGCUUACCAGCAUAUGAUUAAUGCCUAGUGUUUAUGCACAUAAGCUUGACUGGAGUUCACAAAAGUGAAUUAAAUCUUAUUGAGGUUUUAUAAUUGUUUUGCUUUUUCUCUCUUUCUUAAAGCUAGAAUACAAAAAUCCUGUUGACACCAAGUCUUCCAACCUUUGAAAGUUGACUGGAAUAUUACUUAUUUGCUCUCAUGAUAAAUGCUAAAUUAAAGCAGCAUUUCAUCUUGUGAAGUGAAUCCAGCCUUGUUCUCUGUAGAUCAUAAUGUUUUCUGGGAAUAUUAUGAAACUAUUUAGACAAUUUAUGGUAACUGCAUUGGAAGCUUCUUGUUCUGUUUCUCCUUGAAUGGCUUACUGUUUAGCUCUUAACCACAAAUCUGUUCUGGAUUGGCUUUUAUCCCAUUACAUUGUUUUUGAUACAGUUACUGCUAUCAACAUGUUUAUCCAUUUCCUCAUCCUGUGGUUGCCUGUCUAUUCCCCUUUGUAUCCUCUUGUCAUUUUUUGUAGUUAUUAUCCAGGAUUUCCUUGUACUUACUUUUCUCCUUGGAGGUUUUAUGAGAUGACUUCCAGAGAUCCCUUACAACCUCUGUUAUUCUGUAAUUCUGUGAUUAUCUUUUUUGGGCAUGUUAAAUGCCUACUAGAGGUAUACAAGGUUAUAUGGCUCGACUUUUUAACCAAAGUGCUUUGCAUCUUCCUUCCUUCCUUGUAUUCUUCUUGUUUUCCAUAUUGCCGUGUACCCUACCCUUUCAUACUUCUGAAAUGAAUUCAUCCAUUCUCCUUGUUUUAAUGCUGAUGAAGUUAGGGAUUCUAAUUCCUUCAUACCCAAAUAGCUUUCUCUAGGCCAUCCUUACUUUUCUGCUCUUCCUUGAGUCCUUUUUUUGGUGUGUUCACUGGAGACAGUCUUGAAAUCUAUUUUUAAAAUAAAGUAUACUUUGGGUUGAUUUAAAUACUUAAAAUUUAUUUUCCUGGCUACUAAUUUCCACAAAAUUUUUAUGUUGUCAUCUUUCCCUGUUACCUUUGAUUCUGGAAUCUUGUCAAGGCAAAGGUAGGGACUCUUAAGAAACUGCUAGACAUAGACAGGUUUUGGUAGAAUCCAGAAGUACAUACAUGCCAAGAUGGAAGCAAUGUCUUUUACUUUUCGUUGUUCAAAGAAAGCUGUAGUGUAUGGGUUUAUUACUUUUAUAAAAUAAAUUAUAGCAUAUAAAAAUAAUUUUUUGUUUGAUUGUCCAUAAAGUACUCAAAAAAUCCUGGGAAAAUAUCUGUCCCCCAUAAAAUCAAUGUAUAUGAAGUUGGUCAAAUAAGAAAAUUUGAACUCUUCUUAUUUUUUUUAAAAAAAACAUCUGUUUAUCUGUCUUCCUCACAAAACCUUUUCUAGGCAUUUUUGAUACUCACUGUUUUAGUUGGAAGGUUUUUUGUUCAGCAACAAAAAUAAAUGACUCAUUGAUGCUUCAGUGCUUCAGUAUUUACCAUGACGUUCCUCAUGUUUGUUUUUUUCCUCCAAAAUUAACAAAUAAAUAAAUACACAAAUUACUUUUACUUCUUUUCACAGACUAUUACAAUUUUCUGUUGCUGUAGUCUGUUCAUAAGUCAAAAACAAAUUAAGACAUUAAGACAAUUUUAUUCCAUAUAGUCAGUCAAAUAUGAGCUAGAUGGUACUAGAAGAAGAUCUUUAAUACAUAUAGUAUAAAAUUUUGAAGUUUAAUUCUUUUCAUUCAAGAAUCUGGAAGCAUUGUUUUAAAAAAGGGUAAAUACUAUUUCAAUGUAGAUACUGUACAUAUUAUAUAAUUUCUUUAAGCCCAUGGAUAUUUACACAGUGACAACAAACCACCGCAUCCAAAUUAAAUUCAAUUUCUGGUCUUUCCAGGCAAGAUAACAAAAAUAUUACUUAUGUUAUAUAACACAAAGUGUUACUGUAGAGCAAUAAUUCUGAGCUUUCAAGUGUAAAACAGAUGCUUGAUGGGAUCCCCUUUGUUCAUAAUCACUGAAUUCCAACAGGGAAGCUACUACAACCUUUAAUAAGCUGUAAUUAGUAGUUUUUUGGAAGUUUGGCAUAUAGUUAAUUUAACUGUAGAGUUUUACAAAAAAAAUAAAAUAAAAAUGAAGCAUAUCUCAUUCACAGUUCACCUCAAAGGAACUACUAUCAAAAUCUUGCUUUUAUUUAUUUAUAUUUUUUAAGAUGCAGAGAAUAAUAAAUAUAAAACACCACAAAAUCAGAAUUACUUUACAAAGAGAAGUAAUCAUGAGAUCAGUAUGUGAUCCUAUUUUGAUAAGUUCAUCAUAUGCGGAGAAUUUAGAAAACUUUAACUUCUUAACUCGAGUAAAUUGCGUCCCACAGAAUUAUUUUUCUGUGCAUUUGAAUAUUCCACCUGACAGUUUUCAAUGAGAUUAUUGCCCCAAACUGCAAUCUCUGAAUCUCAGACACGUGUGAUCACCUUCCCUUCCUUUUAGUAAAAUUCUAUUCCACAUAAUUUACUGCUUGCUCUUGACCAGUUUCUUGGUCCUGUGCUCAUGGUUAUUAAAGGAUCAUUGUUAGCUUUUCUCUUGACUAUGUACACACAAUUAAAUUGUUCAGGAAUAGUAAUCUCAAAAAUCUUAUCUCCAUCAUGUAAGUAGUGGAUAUUCAUGGCAGCCAUAGAUCACUGUAGUCAUGAACCAUAUACCAAAUAUCAACAUAUGUUUGUAUAUAUUUCUUUAUCCACUUUUGGUUCGAUCUGUGGCUGUGUAGCUCAAUCAUCUCAACAACAUCUGCUCAGGAAAAAAAAAAAAAAAAAAAAAAAA